AGGUGCUGAGCGGCCAGGACUCCGAGGACCACAGCAGCCUGUCUGAGGUUGUGGAGUCAUCGUCCUUAAGCUGGGGUACCAGAAUAAAAGGCUUCAUCGCAUGUUUUGCCCUAGGAAUUCUCUGCUCACUGCUGGGUACUUUUCUGCUAUGGGUGCCCAAGAAAGGACUGAGCCUCUUUGCAGUGUUUUAUACCCUGGGUAACAUGGCAUCAAUUGGGAGUACCAUCUUCCUCAUGGGGCCCUUGAAGCAGCUGAAGCGCAUGUUUGAGCCUACGAGGCUGAUCGCCACAAUCCUGGUGCUGUUGUGUUUUGCACUUACCCUGUGUUCUGCCUUUUGGUGGCAUAAAAAGGCACUAGCGCUCAUCUUCUGCAUUUUGCAGUCUUUGGCCUUGACAUGGUAUAGCCUUUCCUUCAUACCAUUUGCAAGGGAUGCUGUGAAGAAAUGCUUUGCCGUGUGUCUUGCAUAAUACACUGCCAGUCUGCAGAGAGCACUGUGGAUGGAAACUGGUGGACAAUUUUGUAAAUACCCUCUGAACUCUGUCUCACAGACAUGUGCCUUUCACUUGCAGCAAUGCAUUGCUUGCAAUUUGGACAUUUUGAGGGUUGCCCAUGGGAGCAGUCCUGAAUCCUAAGCCUUAUCAUCUGUAGCACAGUGCAAGGUUCUGGGCUAGUGUAGAGGACUCUUCCUCAUGACCAUCUUCCUCUCUGGAUGGUAUCCCACUGAGUUCUCACACAUUAGUCUUUGUUUAAUAUCAGCCUAUAAGCUGCAGGAGCACCUGAUUCCCUGGCAGCAGCAGGAAUGUCUAGUAGAGAAUAUAGGGAUGCAGCAGAAAGUAGAAUUUUGAAGAUUUGCCCCUCACCAAGGAAACCAUUAUCACUGCCUCACCCAGCAUCUUCCCUGGUGUUUGAGAACAAGUGAGUCUGCCCUUCCUUAGAGCCUGUCCUGAGUACAUUGUUCCUUCCUGUGGACUGCACCAUCUUGCUGUUCUCAAUCACAACUGGCUAUGGAAUGUAUUUUCUAGUGUUCAUUGUAGAUUUUUUCUCUUGCCCUCACCUUCCCAUGUCUCUUGUCUUGUGAUCUUGGGACACUGCUUGAUUGAGAGUGAAGUAGUGGCCUAAAUUACUAUUUGCUUUUGGACAAGAGCCACCAGAAAGUUGCUCAUGUUGCCUGCUCUGUUUAUUUUUCUUCAUUAUUUAUAAAUGUUUACUUUUAUUGAUUUUAUUUUCCGUUCUUCACUGGAGUUGGGCCAAGGAAGGUGCAUUGGAAGACAGAUCCCUUGUGGGACCAGCAGGGAGUAGGCAUGCCUGCCAAGCAACUUUUCAAUGCUCCGACAUUGGCACUCAGCCUGCACUGGACACUGGGAAGACAGCAGCCUGCAGGUGGUCAUGUCUCAGCCUGAUGCCUAACCACACGCGCAGUGUUCUUGUGUUGGUGAUCUCAUCUGGUCGUCAUGAGAGCCAUGUAUGGGAGCAGGAUUGUUGUGUCACUGUACAGUCAAGGAGCCAAGCCUCAGAUGGGUUUCCAUGUCACCAGAAGUUACAGCUGUGGCAGGGUCAACCCAGAGUCUGGACACCUUGGUUCCAGUUUCCAUCGUGAUGACAUGGCUCUGGUCAAAUCUGCCAUCAUCUCUCAUAACCGUUCCCUUGUUUUCAUCAUCCUAGCCUGUACCUUUUCUGGUUCCAGCAUCUAUGUCACAUGUGCCAUCUUCUACCUGCCCUCCCCCAUCUCACUUUCUGCAAGAAGCUUCCCUCUACAUCUAUCGGAUGGCCACCAUCCCCUGCUCCCUUUCAGCUGCUCUCUGCUUCCUAGGCAUCAUUAUUAGAGUUCCCGGUGAUCUAGGAUUACCCUUUGUUCUUUGUGCAAGGCCAGAUGUACUCUGGCCUCUGCUUUGUCGGCUUUGGUUAUGGCCAGUUGCUGCACUGUGGUUAAUAACUGCCUUUUCUCCUACGAUGGAGAAGAAUGGAUAGACAACUCAAUCAUUCCAGAUUCUUUCCAUGCUAUUGAAGGCACUUGUGAGGUCUUCAACCUAUCUGCAGUCAGGAAGGAAAAUUAUAUGCUACCCUCUGGCUUUGUGAGGUACAUUUAUAUCCCAGGAGCCUUGGAAGUCAGUUCAGGUCUCAGAAGGCCUCAGGUGUCAGAAGGGACAUUGGGAGUUUAGAGGUGCCCAUGGCUCCCAGCUGACAGGAGGCUAGCUAGCUGCUUCAAGCUCCAACCAUCCUGGAGUAGUGCACCUAAAAGACUGACCCUUCCAUGCCCUUUUCAGCAACUGGACUUGAGCCCGAGUACCUUUUAAAGAUGUUACCAGGACUGAAUAGCAUAGCAGUGUGACUGUGGGCUUAGAAAACAAGCAGAUCUGGGUGUGAGCUGUGGCCAGUCACAUGUUGGUUAAGUUCUGAUGUUGCCUAAUGUUUGGGUCCUCCGUUUCUCUGUUUCAAAAAAAAGUGGGCUGACAAAUCCUGCUGGCUCACUGGAGGAUGUCAGUGCAAGAUGACUGUGUCAAGUCCUUGGUAUGGGGCUAAGAAGAGAGUCUUUGCAAUAACUAAUGACUCCUAAAGGUAACAGAUGAAUGCUUGGCUAUUAAUUUGUCUAGUGUACUGAAUAUUGUGUAUAUCACUGUAGACACUACCAUACAUUAUCUCAUUGAAUGAUCACAGGACUUCCAGGCAAGAGAUACUGCCUUCGUCAUCAUAAAAUAGUAGCUGCCUCAGAUGCUCCCACUAGCAGGGGCAUCAGUGAGGAGGCUCUAGGUGGGAGAUGAAAUCUUGGAUAAAAGGCUUUUGAGCCCAAUUCCUACAGCCUGUGGCCAAUUGACUUGACUCUGGACACAUUUAAGCAGCUUUGGAUGACCGUCUUCCAGUAUCUUCCGGACUCCCAGAUUUUUUUCUUCAAUUGCCUUAUCCUUUGGUUGUUUCCUUUCCUGCUUUUAUUAGACUGUAAAAGGAAGAAAUCUACUUCAAAUCUGCUAAAGUCUCAUACCAGGCUAAUAGCAUCAAUUAAAAGCAACUUUAGUGAGGGAGGCUGAAGUGGAGAAUUUGGGCCUCUGACACUGGCUGGUGGUGGUGUGUUUCCUCUCCCCGCCCUUCACACUCCCCAGUUCCCUGGCUGGUGAGGGGCACCCCUGCGUGUGGGAAGUGAUGGAAACUAUUGAGUAGCUGUGUUUUCAGGUUUGGGGUGCCUCUGGCUUGAGUGCUGCUGCCUUCCCUAGGCUGUGGUCUGUAGAGUGCUGCACUCAGGACCAUUGUGUCUUCUAGACCAGGAGUAGCUUAGGGUCCCCUUAGCUCCCCUCUACUCCAGGCUGACUAUUGGGACCUGUCACUGAGUUCUGGCUCUCUCAUAGGCUGACAAGCUUCCCUUUUCACAGACCAAGCCCUGAGGAAGCUUUUGUCUCUCUUGCUCCUCUGUAUGGCUUCUGCUCAGACCCAACUCCAGGCAUCCUGUCAUGAGGAAAGAUGAAAUACCAUUCCCAGCUCAGCAUUCCCACCAUGGGGAUUGUCUCAGUGCUGGGGUGCCUGUAUUGCUCUCAUGGAGCCUUUGUGGGUUUCGUCUUCAGUGCUGCUUUCUUUCCACAUAGUCACUCUAGACUGAGAGAGUAAGAAAUGAAAUCAAGAAACGCAUUCCACAUAAAAAUUACUUUUUAGUGCUCAAUUAAAGUAGAUAGAAGCUGCGCAGUAUAGGCUUUUGUUUUGACAUUCCCACAAGUGACAAGUAUUGUAGUAUAUGGAAUGAGGCCUGGUGAAAUAGGUUGGGCAACUAAGGUGCACCCCAUGGCCGUGGAUUUCCUUUCCUGUCGGCACCUUCUGCCCACACUUCCGAUUUUACUCUUCCUCCUCUAACUUCUCAUUGGAGUCAGUUACACACACUUGAAAUUCACAACCUAGCCUAAAACUUAUUUUUUGGCUAAUUAAAGAAAAAAAGAAAGAGUGAUCAGUGUUUAAAACAAUAUAAAGAUGUUUGCUAGACUCUGGCGGUUUUUUUUGUUUGUUUUUUGUUUUUAAUGCCCAAGUUAUUUUUUUUUUUAUGUUUAAUAUGUGCUGUAGCUUACAAAUAACAUCCUUUUAAAAGUAAGUGAAGGAAAUUGAGUGCAAAUUCACAUUUGUGUAACACUUUGCAUGUAGAAGUCCAAAUUGCUUAGGAAGUUUUAUUUUAAAGGUUGCUGAGGAGGUGAUCCAGAAGUACUUGACAUUUCAUAAUUUCAUGAUGCUUUGAGGUCCUGUGUGUUUUUAGGGGAGUAAGGGGGAAGUGCGGUGGAGUUUGUCUGAUCUCAGCUCACUCAGGGUGGGGUACGUAGUUCCACUUUGAGUAUUGCCAGUCCUGCUGCGAUUGAUGGGUGAGACUUGAAAGUAGCCACUGCUUAGACUUUGUCAUCAGCUAGUCAGGUUUCUGUUGCAGCAUGGUAAAUGGUAAGUAGCAGUCUUCAUUAAUAUAAGCUGACAACAUAAAAUCACAUUCUAUCAGGAGCUGGUAACUGACAGCUAGACUUGGACAUGUACAAAGUGAUUUCUUUCUUUCUUUUUUUUUUUUUUUUGGCGGGUUGGCUGAUCUGAAACCAGACAAAAAAUAGGUCCAGUAGAUAGAAAUUCUAUUAGAGAUGAGAGAGCGAGGUCAGCCCAUGGCAACAUAACAAAUAAAUAUGCUUUGUACUCAGAAUAAUGCCACUCACUACAUGUAAUAGACUGCUUGCCUGGCAUACAUGAAGCCUCAGAUUCAAUCUCUGAAAAUACAUACACAGGCCAUGAUGGUGCAUGCCUGUAAUCCCAGUACUUAGCAGGUGGAGACAGGAGGAUCUGGAGUAUAUUAGACCCUAUCUUUAAAAAAUUAGAAAAAAAAUCAAAUGAAGUCUUGUGUUUGGGUUCUUGCAUAUGGCUCUUGUCUGUUAAAUGUCCAACUUUUUUUGCUGGCCUUUUCCAUUGUGUUUGCUUAACUUGAAUAAGGAAAGGGAAAAAAACAAAAACAAAAACAAAAAACUAGCCCCUGAACUCUGUCCUUUGCAAUUCUAUUGUGAAAUUGAUAGUGAGGGCAUGCAAAAGCCUAUGAUGGAGGCACCCUUAUCCUUGUGACUUUGGGCAUCUGGGCACACUUCCCAGCAGUAAAACCAAAUCCAAAAUGCCUGUGGUGGAUUUGUAUGCCUUGAGAACAUUGUACCUGUUCUAAUACAGUGAACUUUAGAACUUUGUUAAAACAAAUGAAACCAUUUUUAUAAUUGUGUAGGUGUAGUUGAUUUUGAAUAUUACUGAUUGUAUAACUGAAUUUUUAUAUCUAAAAAUACAUUCUUGAGUACUGCCUUAUCUGCCUUGAGGAUCUAUUUCAUAUGAUAUUUUCUUUUUACUAACUUAUUUCAAAGAGAAAGUGUUGCUAGAGAGAGAGCUAUCUCUCCUUUUCACAGUUAUUUUUUCCUUUUUCUUUUCUCCAAUAAAUUGUAGCAGCAUCAUGAUCUCUAACAGA